AUGCUGCCCCCCCCUCGUUCUUUCAUCAAAGUAAUGUGUAAAUGAAGUAAAGCCAUCUACUUAUAAGCAGGGGCUUUGUUUCAAUAUUAUGUCAGGCUAAAAAAAAUUGGCAUUCCUCCUGCAGAGCACUACGGUUCUCCGUCACUCUUUCCUUUACAUUCUAGUCAUUCGCUGCAGAGGGACUGUGAUUUUGGGCUCCAGGCUCGAGUUGCUUGUGUCUGAUAGUGGUGUCUUUUCUGCACUGUGAAGAUCUGAGUGCCACUGUGCAAUUCUAAUCAGUGCACCACGUCUUCUCCCAGUCAAGGAGGGGGUUGGUGGUGUUUUUGGUGGUAGGGGUGGAAGGUUAGAGACAGACAAACACGGACGAUCGAGUAUGAGUGCAUUAGUACGAGCAAGAGAGGGGACCAAGAGAGUAGAGGAAAGAGGUAGAGAGGCAAACGAUGAGGAAAGAGACAGAGUGUGUUUGCGUCUGUCUGUGUAUUUGAGAGCGAGAGGCAAGGAGCGAGACAGAGUGAGGGAGAGUGCUAGGCAGAGGGAGGGGAAUCAAGAUAGUGGGAGAGUGAGGGAGAGGUGGUUACGUGGAGCAGCACCCCACUUCAUCAGGCAGCAUACGGCAGCCCUGCAGUGCGAUCAGAGUGUGGGAAUAGGGCUAUGAGAUUGAGAGUGAGAGAAAGAAAGCAGAGAGGGACGAGAGCGAGGAGGGGGGGUUGGUGGGUGAAAAGAAGAGCUUGAGGGAUUUGCACAGAUGAGAAGGGGUGAGUCUGUUGGCUGUUGUGGACGCGGGGAGGACGUGGCAGCAGUGGCUGAGGUUGAGGCAGAUCUGAGGUCUCCUGUGUAGAAGUAGCCGGCAUCAGGACGUUAUGCCGUGUGAGCACUGAGGGGUUUGCGUGUGUGAGCCAGGAGCAGCUGCUGUGACUGCAUCUGCACUGCCUGCAUGUCUCAGACAGGCAGGGGAUGCAGCAAACCUCUGCCCUGAGCACAGAGGCUGCUAGCUGCACCCAGCAAGAAGAAGGACCAGGUGGACUAGGGCGGGAGCAGGGGGCGCGUGCUUUGGGAAGGAGCUGGUUUAACCUGCACUGUGGUCCUGCAGUGAUCUUUGCUUCAGAGGCAAGAGCCUGCACCUGCCAUUGGAUGGAUCUGAUCCUGGAUUUACUGCUUUAUGAGAUGAGAGGCACAUUUUCUGGCAGAGCCGCACAGCCAGCAGCCUGCUGAAGAGCGUGAAUGCUGGGAAGCACUGGCUCCACCAAGGACACCAAGCCUUUUCCCCUUGGCAGUCAGCUUAUCUGGAGAAUUGCCAAGGAAUCUUUACUUGGAUUUGAUCAUGAAUUGAGGAGUUUGGAAUCAGCACACUGUGGAAAAGCCAACAUUUCUUUUUUCCCCCCUUUGAUAUAGGAUUUACAAUAUGUCUACCUGACUGUACUUGCAGUGGCUCUGGAGUAAGACCGAAACAUGAUUUAAACAAAUGUGUGUUCCUUGAUCAUAAAUAACACAAGUACCUCAACAGUAUAUUAGAAUGCUGCUACCUUCGUUGUAUGAGCCGAAUCCUAGCUCUCAAAGAGGUUGACCAAUGAAGCCAUGGGACUCAGCCAGAGCUUUACAAAUGGGGCCUGUGGUAAAGCCCUGGACCAGCCGGUGGGAGAGUGGCUGGAGCACGUGGGGCUGCCGCAGUACGAGAGCAAGUUCCUGCUCAAUGGUUUUGACGACCUACGAUUUAUGGGGAGUAACGUGAUGGAGGACCAAGACCUCCGAGACGUUGGGAUCACUGACCCAGGACACAGAAAGAAGAUCCUCCACGCAGCACGCAGUUUGCCAAAGGUAAAAGCACUGGGCUGUGAUGGCAGCACGUCUCUCGCCUCGUGGCUGGACGGCCUUGGCUUGCAUGAAUACCUGCCCAACUUCCUUUCAAGUGGCUACCGCACACUAGAGUGUGUGAAGAACCUGUGGGAGCUGGAGAUCAUCAAUGUUAUUAAGGUAACUGCUCUGGGCCACAGGAAGAGGAUCAUUGCAUCUUUAGCAGAGAGACCCUAUGAAGAAGCUCCCAGCAAGUCCCGUCGUAUGUCCCCAAUCAUGUUCCAUGACCUCCUGUCCCAGACCACAUCCCCCCUCAGUCAAAUGGACCCCUACACCAGUCGCUCCAUGGACAUGCUCCUGCCCCUGACUGAGUCAGACCGGAGGCGGAGAGGAGCGGACCAGGACUGUAGCGUAUCUCUGCGGUCUUACAGUGAAAGGCCACGCUCUGUCGACAGACAGAGUGAGCGACACAAAGAUUCUCGGCUAAACCUCCGGCCGCCGAGCCAGUCCGCUACCUAUGCCACGGUGUCUGCCUGGCAUCACCAGCCUGAGAAACUCAUCCUGGACUCCUGUGGCUACGAGGCCACAUACCUAGGAUCAAUGAUAAUCAGGGAUCUACGAGGGAUUGAAUCCACACAAGAUGCCUGCGCUAAAAUUAGGAAAUCAAAGGAUUCAAGAAAGGGUCCAGUUGUCAUCCUGUCCAUAACGUACAGAGGAGUUAAGUUCAUUGAUGCAGCCACGAAGGCCAUUGUCGCAGAGCAUGAGAUCAGGAACAUCUCAUGCGCUGCCCAGGACCCAGAUGACCUCUGCACUUUUGCUUACAUAACGAAGGAUCUAAAGAGUGGCCACCACUUCUGCCAUGUUUUCAGCACUGUGGAAGUGACUCAGACCUAUGAGAUCAUCCUAACCCUGGGACAGGCUUUUGAGGUGGCCUAUCAGAUGGCGAUGCAGUCCAGGGCCAGACACUUUGUCCCGCCUUCGUCGAUGGUCCCGGAGGUCGUAGAGACCAAAGCCAGCCGUCCGGUGUCUCAGUCGUGGAGCAGCAUGCGGAGAUCAGCAGGUGCCCCUCUGCUCGAAUGCCGCUGCUGUCACUGUCACACGUGUACUACCCACCGUCCUUCCUUCCUACCGUUGCACUCUGUUAGCCCUGGAGUCCAGAUCGACCCCCUGGAGAUGGAUGCAGACAUGCAGUCCCUGGGCAGCACCUCCUGGCUCUUGGACCAUCGGGACUCCAACAGGCGCCCCGUCAGCACCAACUCACCCCAGCGUUCAAGUUUCCGGAUACCAAGCUGUGAGUUGAAGGGGAGCAGCCCAUGUGAGUGUGUUUGCGUGUUUUGAGUUAGAGGGCAGAGCAGUGGGGGAAAAAAAAAAAAAGAGAGAGAAAGAGAGGUAAGACUUAUGCAACGUGCAAGGCCAACCAGCGCUACACUGACAUUUAGAUCUCACUCUGUUUAAACCCUGCUCCUCCACUGCCCCGAUGCAAACCCCAACACACACACACAAACACACACCGAAGGCGACCUGUUGUCCGACAUCACUGGCUACACAGGACCAGGUGUUUCACUCCUGUCUUGAGAAAAGGUCAAGCGUCUUUCCUGGCCUCCAUGAGACUCUCAGAUCUUGCCAUGUAGGUACUGUAAUGUUUAGAGCACUGUAGACCAUUAAUGAGCAUUUCUAUUGAUUCAGGUCAAUUGCAGAUUAUUAAAGGACGAAGAGAAAAGUGACAAAACGCAGAAACUGUACCAGCAUACAAUGCUUUGCCUAUGUUUGUGGACAAAGUAUGGUUUGUAAAUGAAAAUGUGAUCCUGUCUCAAAUUUCAAAGCAAUAUUAUAUUAAUGAUAUUAAAUAAGACAAUGACAAAAGAAGCCCUCUCACGUCUGUUGUCAACACUGAUUUUGUUUUAUGGUUGAGUGAUAAAAAGAAGAGAAAUAUUCAAAUGACAACUGUAACAAAAGUGUUAUACUGCUUAUACUCUUCUUGUUUCGCCUUUAAAUAGUGAUCAGUGAGGCUUGGACCAGUAUUAUGUUGCAUUCAAGUCACAGAGCUAAGCAUCAAAGUUUCCAGUAUCCUCAAAAGCUCGAACCAAAUAACUAAAUCUAAAUAUGAAAACAAGUCUUACGUCACCUAGACUUUCAUAUUAGCGGUUGGACAAAAUAUUGACACAGCAAUACAUAAUCACUGUGACUCCUGAUAUAUUAUUAUGUCGAAUAUCAAUAUUUGCAUUAAAAAUUAAUCCAAUUUAUACAGAUUUUCCCUUCAAUUAUGCUCACAGCUGUCUCUCUGUGGUGAGGGGAAUGUGACGUUUAUCUUUUUUUGGGGACAUUUUGUGUCCUUCAGAUAUAUAGACUGAUGAUGAUGAUGAUAUGAUUUAGCCAUAUAUGGAUUGUCACAGAGUUGCUUUAUCAUGGUUUUGUUGUAUCACAUGUUGUGUCAUAUCGAGUUGCCCUGAAAUUCACACCAACUUUGCUCGAUCUGUUCCUUCCGUUCUAUUUUUGAAACAAGGAACAUAGAGAGGAAGAUGUUUUCAAAACUGCAGGUUUUUAAAUGCUUAGCUCUGUGAAAGUGAAAGACCACAGGUGGCUUUUUUCAGUAUGAAUACAAAUUAGAUCUGCAAACGACGUGUGUUUUGACUCAAGUUAAAAGAAUCCACUGGUGACCGACUCUGUUUCAGUACAAUGUGAAAACAUUCAGGGUGACUCUGCGUAACUGUUACGUUCUUGUGAUGUGACACAGAGCAGACACUUCUUAUAAGUUACAGGC